GAGCUGAGUGAGCUGGGAGGGGGCUGUGGGAGCCGGGAGGGGGCUGUGGGAGCUGGGAGGGGGCUGUGGGAGCUGGGGGUGACACGGCUCCAGAGGCGAUCCCAGAAAUCCCGCCCCGCCCGCUGGAUCAGCCGGAACCUCUGCAGAACCCUCGUCAUUCCCUCUCAGAGCUUCCGAAAUCCUCGGCACCCCCGGGGGGGGGGAAGCCCUGCUGCCUCUCCCUGCCCUUUGUCCUGCGGUGCCGUGGAAUGGCAGUCCCUGGCCCGGGGAAGUGGGAAUUGCUGCCCUCACCCCCUCAGUGCUGCCCUCACCCCCCCAGUGCUGCCCUCACCCCCUCAGUGCCACCCUCACCCCCUCAGUGCCACCCUCACCCCCUCCGUGCUGCCCUCACCCCCUCAGUGCUGCCCUCACCCCCUCAGUGCCACCCUCACCCCCUCAGUGCCACCCUCACCCCCUCCGUGCCGCCCUCACCCCCUCCGUGCUGCCCUCACCCCCUCCGUGCUGCCCUCACCCCCUCCGUGCUGCCCUCACCCCCUCAGUGCUGCCCUCACCCCCUCAGUGCUGCCCUCACCCCCUCCGUGCUGCCCUCACCCCCUCAGUGCUGCCCUCACCCCCCCAGUGCCACCCUCACCCCCUCCGUGCUGCCCUCACCCCCUCGGUGCCGCCCUGGGCAGAGGGGUUGGUUUGGGGAAAAGUGCAAAUAGGAAUUGGUUGUGUCCGAGAGCCCUGGGGGGGCUGCUCCUGCUGUGCCAGGGAAAACCAGCUCUGGAAUCCUGCUCCUGCUGUGCCAGGGAAAACCAGCUCUGGAAUCCUGCCCUGUGCUGCUCCUGCUGUGCCAGGGAAAACCAGCUCUGGAAUCCUGCCCUGUGCUGUGCCAGGGAAAACCAGCUCUGGAAUCCUGCCCUGUGCUGUGCCAGUGCUGCUCCUGCUGCUCCUGCUGUGCCAGGGAAAACCAGCUCUGGGAUCCUGCCCUGUGCUGUGCCAGAGGAAUCCAGCUCUGGAAUCCUGCUCUGUGCUGUGCCAGUGCUGCUCCUGCUGCUCCUGCUGUGCCAGGGAAAACCAGCCCUGGAAUCCUGCUCCUGCUGUGCCAGGGAAAACCAGCUCUGGAAUCCUGCCCUGUGCUGUGCCAGUGCUGCUCCUGCUGCUCCUGCUGUGCCAGGGAAAACCAGCUCUGGAAUCCUGCCCUGUGCACUGCCAGUGCUGCUCCUGCUGUGCCAGGGAAAAUCAGCUCUGGAAUCCUGCUCCUGCUGCUCCUGCUGUGCUGGAGGAAUCCAGCUCUGGCCUCCUGCUCUGUGCCGGUGCUGUUCCUGCUGCUCCUGCUGUGCCAGGGAAAGCUGGCUCUGGCAUCCUGUUCCGUGCCAGUGCUGCUCAUCUGCUCCUCCUGUGCCAGGGAAAAACAGCUCUGGCCUCCUGCUCUGUGCCAUGCUGGUGCUGCUCCUCCUGUGCCAGGGAAAAACAGCUCUGGCCUGCUGCCCUGUGCCAGCGUUCCGUGCCAGUGCUGCUCAUCUGCUCCUGCUGUGCCAGGGGAAAACUGUCCCUGGCACGAGCUCUGCUCCGUGCCAGCAUUCUGUGCCAGUGCUGCUCCUGCUGCUCUCUCUGUGCCAGGGGAAACCAUCUGUGCCAUCCUGCUGUGUGCUGGGCUGGUGCUCUGCUCCGUGCCAGCGUUCUGUGCCGGUGCUGCUCCUGCUGCUCCCUCUGUGCCAGGGGAAAACUCUCUCUGGUGUGUGCUCUGUGCUGUGCCAGCAUUCUGUGCUGGUGCUGCUCCUGCUGUGCCAGGGGAAACUGUCCCUGGCACGAGCUCUGCUCUGUGCUGGUGCUGCUCCUGCUGCUCCCUUUGUGCCAGGGGAAACCGGCUGUGCCAUCCUGCUGUGUGCUGGGCUGGUGCUCUGCUCCGUGCCAGCGUUCUGUGCUGGUGCUGCUCCUGCUGUGCCAGGGGAAACCAGCUCUGGGAUCCUGCCCUGUGCUGUGCCAGGGGAAACCAGCUCUGGCCUCCUGCUCUGUGCUCGUUCCCCGUGCCAGUGCUGCUCAUCUGCUCCUGCUGUGCUGGAGGAAACUGUCCCUGGCACGAGUUCUGCUCUGUGCCAGCGUUCUGUGCCAGUGCUGCUCCUGCUGUGCCAGGGGAAAACUCUCUCUGGUGUGUGCUCUGUGCUGUGCCAACGUUCUGUGCCGGUGCUGCUCCUGCUGUGCCAGGGGAAACCAGCUCUGGAAUCCUGCCCUGUGCUGUGCCAGUGCUGCUCCUGCUGCUCCUGCUGUGCCAGGGGAAAACUCUCUCUGGUGUGUGCUCUGUGCUGUGCCAGCAUUCUGUGCCAGUGCUGCUCCUGCUGUGCCAGGGGAACCUGGCUCUGGCAUCCUGCUCUGUGCCAUGCUGGUGCUGCUCCCUCUGUGCCAGGGAAAAACAGCUCUGGCCUGCUGCUCUGUGCCAGUGUUCCGUGCCAGUGCUGCUCUUGCUGCUCCUGCUGUGCUGGAGGAAACUGUCCCUGUCACGAGCUCUGCUCUGUGCCAGCGUUCUGUGCCAGUGCUGCUCCUGCUGCUCCCUCUGUGCCAGGGAAAGCCGGCUCUGGCACCGUGCUGGGUGUGGUGCCAGCGUUCCGUGCUGCUGUUCUGUGCUGGUGCUGCUCCACCUGCCCGUCCUGUGCCGGGGGACGGCGGCUGUGCCACCCUGCCCUGUGCCACCCUGCCCUGUGCCACCCUGCCCUGUGCCACUGCGCCGUGCCAGCGCUGCUCCUGCUGCUCCCACCGUGCCAAGGGAAACUGGCUCUGGCACGCUGCUGUGUGCUGGCUGUGCCACAGCUCUGUGCCAGCACCCUGUGCCAGUGUUCUGUGCUGUGCCAGAGCUCUGUGCUGGUGUUUUGUGCUGUGCCAGAGCUCUGUGCCAGCGUUCCGUGCUGUGCCAGUGCCCUGGGCCGUGCCAGAGCUCUGUGCCAGUGCCCUGUGCUGGUGUUCUGUGCCGUGCCAGAGCUCUGUGCUGGUGUUCUGUGCUGUGCCAGAGCUCUGUGCCAGUGCCCUGUGCCAUGCCAGAGCUCUGUGCUGGUGUUCUGUGCUGUGCCACAGCUCUGUGCUAGUGCCCUGUGCCAGAGCUCUGUGCUGGUGUUCUGUGCUGUGCCAGAGCUCUGUGCCCGCAUUCUACGAUCCCGAUCCGCUCUCCCGGGGCACAUCCAGCACCUCCCGGUGCCCACGGCCGGUACCGGCGGCUGCCCGGGGCUCUUCCCUCCGGCUGCGACCACGGGCCACCCGGUACCAGGCGGACCCGCGGGUUUGGCCCGUUUUAUCCGGUUUUAUCCCGCUUUAUUCGGGUUUAUCUCGUUUUAUCCGUUACGGCCCUACCCGUGCUUUGGACCUUCCGGAGGCCUCCGGCUCUGCCGCCUCCAGUCCCAGCGUCCCAGCACCGACCUAGCGACACUGAGGCCGCAGUAG